GACUCCGAACUCUCAUCGUCCAAGAAAACCAACGACCCGAACUCGAAGGACACUUCUCCUUCUCAUCUUCAUCUUCUCCAUCUUUCCCACUUCUCCUUCGAAAUCCCUCCGGCGAUGCACGAACCUGAGUUCAACGACCUCUCCGACGACUCCGACUACGCUGCCUCCCAGCAACAGGGUUUGGGGGGAAGCGUGUUUGGGGGUGAUCCUGGGAUGACGAGCGGGUUCAAUGAGCAUGAAGCAUCGGAGGUGGUGUAUUCCAAGGAUAAUGUCACGAUCCAUCCCACGCAGUACGGUUCCGAGAGGAUCAGCGGCCGGUUGAGGCUUGUCAAGCAGGGAGAAUCUGUUUUCAUGACAUGGGUGCCCUACAAACCAUAUCCUGAUGGGCCUGAUCAUCUGGGCCAGAGCUCAAACUCUGGUUUAUCAGAGAAAGAUAGAAACCUGUAUACUAUUGCACCAGUACCCUUAAGUGAGGUGUGUUCCAUUCGUAGGCAUACCCCGACUUUGAGUUGGCCAUACAUGAUUGUAAUCCUGUCAUCAGGACUGGCAUUUCCCCCUCUUUAUUUCUACAGUGGAGGGCUCCGUGAAUUUCUGGCAACACUGAAGCAGCAUGUUCAUGUUGUGAGGUCUGCAGAUGAUGCAAAUGUUUUUCUCGUGAAUAAUUUUCAGGACCCUCUUCAGAGAAGCUUGUCAUCUCUGGCGUUGCCAAUGGCUCUAUCUGUUGCUAACGGGGCACCAUCAGAAAAUUUAUCAAGUUCAGUUCCCUUGUUUGAAAAUUCUGAGAGGUUAAAUGGUACUAAAUACUAUACCAGCCCUAAUACUUCUGAAUAUAGUGGGAGGCGCAAGCACAAGUCUCAUGAUCCUGCACGUGAUUUAUCUCUUCAAGUAUUGGAGAAAUUUUCAUUAGUUACCAAGUUUGCCCGUGAAACAACCUCGCAUAUCUUCCGUGAAAAUCAAGGCAAUAGUUUUGAUGCAUCUGAGAAAAAACAGCAAAAACAAUCACCAGCACUGACUCCAACAACCAGUAAGCCAAGUGAGGAGCAAUCACAUUCAAAUGAUGCUGUGGUAGAACCAGAUCCUUUGGAGUUGGACAAAAGUAGUCUAGUAUGGGGAAAGCCUCGGCAACCGCCAAUGAACUUUGAAGAGUGGGCGGCUUUCUUAGAUUCUGAAGGCCGUAUAAUGGAUUCCAAGACAUUAAGAAAGAGAAUUUUCUAUGGAGGAGUUGAUUUUAGCUUGAGAAAAGAGGUUUGGAAAUUUUUGUUGGGAUACCAUACAUAUGAGUCAACAGAUGCUGAGAGGGAAUAUCUUGCAUCAGUCAAGAAAUCAGAGUACGAAACUAUAAAAUCUCAGUGGCAGAGUAUUUCCCCAGCACAAGCGAAAAGAUUUACAAAAUUCAGGGAGAGGAAAGGCCUGAUUGAGAAGGAUGUGGUACGAACUGACAGAUCUAUCUCUUACUUUGACGGAGAUGAUAAUCCAAACGUGGCUCUUUUACAUGACAUACUUCUGACGUAUUCAUUCUACAAUUUUGACCUUGGAUACUGCCAGGGUAUGAGUGACCUUUUGUCACCAAUAUUAUUUGUAAUGGAGGAUGAAUCUGAAGCAUUUUGGUGUUUCGUUGCAUUGAUGGAACGUCUCGGGCCAAAUUUCUUAACCGUGAUCAAAAAUGGCAUGCAUUCACAACUUUUCGCUCUAUCUAAGUUGGUUGAACUAUUAGACGCCCCACUGCAUAAUUACUUGAAGCAAUCAGAUUGCUUGAACUACUUCUUCUGUUUCCGCUGGAUACUCAUACAGUUCAAAAGGGAAUUUGAAUACGAGAGAAUAAUGCGUUUGUGGGAGGUAUUAUGGACACAUUAUCUCGAGCACUUCCACUUAUAUAUCUGUGUUGCCAUACUGAAGAAAUACCGUAGUAAAAUAAUGGGCAGCAGAUGGAUUUUCGACACCCUGCUGAAGUUCAUAAAUGAACUCAGUGGCAAAAUCGAUUUGGAUCGGAUAAUCAAGGAUGCAGAAGCUUUGUGCAUCUGCGCCGGAGAACAUGGUGCCGCCUGCAUUCCACGAACGCCACCAUCUUUACCGAUCGAGUCUGAUUCGGGAUAUAUACAAUAG